AUGGGUCGCAAGGAAGAGGAUGACGGCAGCGCCUGGAAGAAACAGACAAGCAACAUCCGAAAAACAUUCAUCUUCAUGGAGGCCCUGGGAUCAGGUGCCUUUUCAGAAGUUUUCCUGGUGAAGCAAAGGAGCACGGGCAAGCUCUUUGCUCUGAAAUGCAUCAAGAAGUCUCCUCUCACAAGGGACAGCAGCUUGGAGAACGAAAUAGCAGUGCUGAAGAAAAUAAAGCAUGAAAACAUCGUGACUUUAGAAGAUAUUUAUGAGAGCACAACCCACUUCUACCUGGUGAUGCAGCUGGUCUCUGGGGGAGAGCUGUUUGACCGAAUUUUGGAACGAGGGGUUUACACCGAGAAAGAUGCGAGUGGGGUGAUCCACCAGGUCCUGACGGCGGUGAAGUACCUCCAUGAGAACGGGAUCGUGCACCGGGACCUGAAGCCUGAAAACCUCCUUUACCUUACUCCCGAAGAGAACUCCAAAAUCAUGAUCACGGACUUCGGCUUGUCUAAAAUGGAGCAGAACGGCAUCAUGUCCACCGCCUGCGGGACGCCGGGCUACGUCGCCCCCGAAGUCCUGGCCCAGAAGCCAUACAGCAAAGCCGUAGACUGCUGGUCCAUUGGAGUCAUCACCUACAUCCUGCUCUGCGGGUAUCCUCCUUUCUACGAAGAGACUGAAUCCAAACUGUUUGAAAAGAUUAAGGAAGGCUACUUUGAGUUUGAGUCUCCAUUUUGGGAUGAUAUCUCCGAGUCAGCCAAGGAUUUCAUCAAACAUUUACUGGAGAAGAACCCAAGCACGAGGUUUACCUGUGAAGAAGCCCUGCGGCACCCAUGGAUUAAUGGAAAUACAGCCCUUCACCGUGACAUAUACCCAUCUGUCAGCGCUCAGAUUCAGAAAAACUUUGCAAAGAGCAAAUGGAGGCAAGCCUUCAACGCCGCAGCCGUGGUGCACCACAUGAAGAAGCUGCACAUGAACGGCCACGCAGCAGCUGAGAGCCCCCUCCCCACCAUACAAGUCUCGGAGGCGUCCAGACCCAGCAUGCCCAUGGUGGCCACCCAGCCAGCGACACCGACCGACGACAAGGACACGCCACCCCCCCCGGUCCCCGUGCAGGGCUGCCCAAACCCCCCCGCUCAGCCGGAGCAGGACACGGCCAUGAGGAAGAUGCAGAGCCCUGCGGAGAGCGGCCUGGGGGUGCCCAACAACCACAGCCCCCCACCCAAAACGUCCUGCGGCUGCAGCCCAGCCUGCGUGGGCCAUGAGAAAACCAAGGCGUCCUUCUGCUCCGAGACUGUGCUGCUCAAAAAGUCUGCAAAAUCCCACAAUCAUUUCAAAUCGGAAGUGCUUGUCCCAAUGAAAACCAGUAAACACUCUUCCCACUGUGGCACUGGGCAAACUGGAGUCUGUUUGAUCAUGUGA